UAAGAGCGGCGGCUCAAUCCCACCUCGAGUCUGAAAGCUAUCGCGGGGAGCGGGCAGCGCGGUCUCCGGGCAUCUCUCCGGAGUCCGUCCCGUCUUCUGCCGCCAUGAAGCGCCAGUCGCCUGCUGGGCAGAGUUGCAUCAGCCGCCGCCGCCGCCUUCUCCUGCCGCUGCUGCUCCUGCUCUUCCUCCACCUGGCCGGCGCUGAACUCGGGUCGUGUUGCCCGCCUGCUCCGUCCGGCCGCGGGGCGCUACUCUCGUUGCCCAGGAAACAUUGGGACUCAAACCACCGUUCUACCUGGCUUCCGAAGAGGCUGUCGAAAAAGAAUGGGCUGUCUUGGCUGGCUCAAAAGCAGCCUGGGAAGGCAGACAGCCUGCUUCCCCUCCGAGAGGUCCCCAGGCCCAGAUUGGACCCCCUGCAGCUUGGCUAUGGUCCUCUGCCUUGGCCCGCACUGAUGCCAGCCCUUCAUCGAAAGCGCCGCGCUGCCCAACUAAUGCGUGUGGGUUGUGCUUUGGGCACUUGCCAAGUGCAAAAUCUCAGCCACCGCCUUUGGCAGCUGAAGGGCCAGUUGGGACGCCAGGAUUCCUCUCCCAUCAGUCUCCAUAGUCCCCACAGCUAUGGCUGAAGGCAGAGAGUGAUGGCAGGACCGGAAAGGCACCUACUCCUUACCCUGAACAUUUCCAGCAGCCCUCUCUUCCUCGACACCUGCCAUGCCGCUCACUGGUCUUCCUGCUGGACCUACAUAUGGGCUUUCUCCUGGUGGGUGGGCUGGGAUAUGGGCCUUGAAAUAAAGCCAACGUGGGGAGGGGGCUGCUGCUGGAGAGGCCUAAGAGAAGCCUCAAUUGUCAUCUCUCAGGAGGUGCACUGGGUGUGGCUGUACAAUAGCCUUGCUUCAUCCUUCAUACUGGCAAGAGGAAGAUGAAGGUUUAUCAAUACAUGGGAUCAUUUCAUAUUAUCACUGGUAGUGUCAUAGGAGAACCAGCUUUGGCUUUCAGUGAAUGAAUUCUCUUCCCUGCACGCAUUCUCAAAACUAAUAAAAUGAUCUAAGCAUGGAUUUUAUCUCUGUGUGCACCACCUCAAAGCUUGGGGCUGUAAGAGAGGAUGAACCCUGUCAAAAAGGAGGCAUCCCUCCCCCUCAGAAUGGCUCAUGCGGGGGUGCUGCUAUUGCCUAGGUAACAUGUAAGUGUGCAGCUGUGCAAGUGUGCUCUGUGAGAAAGUGAGACUGGCUGGCUUGCAAGAGAGGGUGUGCACCUCAGUCCCUUCUUUCUGGCUUUGGUGCCUCACUUGAAUUCAUCAGGCUUCACCCCCUCCCCAGGGGUAUGGAUGAGGGUUAAUGCAAGGUGCAUUUCAAACCCAGAGCUGUUCCUUGGGUCACUUGGUAUGCAGCUUUUUCUCCCAACUGCCAUGUGAAGGUAGAAUUGUGUGUGGAACUGCCCCAGCAAAAUAAGCUCAAUUAGUGAUCUGAUUAGUGACUGGAGUCCAGUGCAGGUGAUUGUCUCUUCCAGGCACCAAAAAGCAACUGCAGGCAGUUUUCCAUAACAAAACCUGCCCCGGGAAAAAUGGAAUAUUGAAUCUUAAUAAAAGAUGUAAAGGUAA